AUGUCCCUUUUGAAGUCCUCUGAUGAACUUAAAGAAGUCCAAAUAGCAGUAACAGCUAAGGAAGAAUUUAUAAGAACUUCCAUUCCAACAAGUGAAGAUCACAGCCAAAUAUCUAAUAAGAGUGGAGAUGAAGGUCAACCACAAAGAAGACUAGGGAGGAUCAUUAAGAAAAAAGUAAUUUUUGAUCCAGAUAAUCCUGACAUAUUUACAGAAAGUACAGCUGUCAAUAAGAAUAAGGAAAUAAACACUGAAAAAGAGUCUCCACCAUAUAAGAAAGGAAAGACUGAUUUAACCAUAGUGAGAUCGAAGUCAAAGUCUCCCAUAUCUAAGUUGCAAUGGAAGAAGCCAUCACCAAAAAUGUAA